CAGCACUUUGCCUUUUUUUGGUGUUGGGUCUACGAUACACUAAAUUGGCAUGUAUGAUAGGAUGAUUAUCCUUGAUUGCGCUGUGUAUUCUUUCAUAGGGUUGUCAAUGCAUGUCUGCAUUCUCAUGGUGUUGCUGUCUGGACCUGUACAGCUCUGCCCUACAAACUGUAAGUUCUGUUCAACAGGCCUGGCAGACUGUACGCAGGUUUCCUCUUUGCAGGAAGUUUUAACAGGUUUACCAGUCGUAACUGAGAAGAUAUUACUACGUGCCGGAACCCUUGACCAGAUACCAGCAGAAGCUUUCAGAAACUUUUCCAACCUGAACGUCCUGUCUAUAAAUGAAUUUCCCAUUUCAACAUUGCUUAACUACUCGUUUGCCAUUGGAGAAUCCAAUAGAUUACAAUACCUUGAUCUCAGCAAUAACAGGCUCACAAGCUGUGGCAUUGAAGCUUUGGCUUUCACUGGUCCAAAUAACCUCACUGAAUUUACCCUGACCAAUAACGCACUUGACACAUUGUAUGAAUCCUGGUUUAAUCAUCUGGUAAGGCUUGAGAAGCUAAACCUAGCCUCCAACAGGAUACCCUACCUUCUGCCGAGGAUUUUUGAAAACUUAUCUCAGCUUCAAGAACUUAAUGUCAGCUCCAACAACAUACGCUAUUUAUCAAGCGGGACGUUUCUAGGUAUGAGCAAUUUGGUGGAGCUGGACUUGUCAGGGAAUGGAAUGAUCUUCAUUAACAAUGACGCAUUCAACCCUCUGAUAAAUCUAAUGAGAAUUGUGUUGUUUCAGAAUGGUUUAGAAACACUCCCUGAUGUUCCAGAUUCUACACACUUAUUGCAGCUACAUGAUAACCCUUGGCAGUGUACCUGUGCUUUGGUACAGCUGCUACAGAGGCUAAAAGACAAAGUUCAGAGCCCCGAGAGAGUAGUUUGUGCCACUCCGUCAGAGGUACAGGGAAGUCCCUUUCUCAGUGCUUAUCAAACUGUCUGCAACUCAAAUUCAACCGAGUCUGGAUAUCCAACCAGCAGCCCACAGAAUCAAAUAUCCAGGCAUUUGUGGAUCUAUGGAUUUAUAGGUAAUUUGAUACAAACUCAUAAAACCGUUCUGUAUACUGUAGACAAGGGCUAUCUGAUGGAUAUAGCUCAAUGA